AUGGUUGAAAUAUUAAAUGAUCAUAAUGAAUUAACAGAUGAACAAUAUACUAGAUUAACAGAAGAAGUACUCAAUGCAAGAGACCUAAGUUAUUCUCCUUAUUCUAAAUUUAGAGUUGGUUGUGUUGUUGUUACUGAAGAUGAUAAAUUUAUAAUUGGUGCUAAUGUUGAAAAUGCUUCUUAUGGAGCUGGUAUAUGUGCUGAAAGAGUAGCUAUUACAAAAGCAGUAGUAUGUAAUCCCUAUUACGUUAAUACUAUUACAUUCUUAUUUCUUACUAACACCCUUACUAGACAUCUGGUUACAAUAAAUUUAAAUUAAUUGCAAUAUCUGGCGAUGAUCCAACAGAAUAUAUAACACCAUGCGGUAUAUGUAGACAAUUUAUACGUGAAUUUUCAAGAGAUAUACCUAUAUAUAUGUAUAAUACUAAUGGUAAGCAUAUAAAAGUUGAUUUACUGGACCUAUUACCAUUAUCUUUUGGACCUGAAAAUUUAUUAAAAUAA